AGUUUAACUUAUAGAUGAGCAGUUCACUAGUCACUCUUAUUGGGUUGGUGAACCGUAUAAAAUGCCAACACUACUCCUAACAUUGCACCUCAACGAAAGGCAAAAACCUCUCUUUCUUCUACUCUAAAAUUUCCCAAUUCAGUUAUUCAAACAAACUGAAAUAGAACCAAAAAGGAAUAUCAAAAAAUGGGUUCAACAAGCCAUAGCCUAACUCAAACAGAGGAUGAAGCAUUCGUAUUUGCAAUGCAAUUGGCCAGUGCUUCUGUACUUCCUAUGGUCCUAAAAGCAGCCGUAGAACUUGACCUUCUUGAAAUUAUGGCUAAGGCUGGUCCAGGUGCAUUCAUUUCUCCUUCUGAGCUUGCUGCUCAGCUCCCUACGAAGAAUCCAGAGGCACCCGUUAUGCUUGAUCGAAUGUUUAGGCUUCUUGCUACUUACUCUCUGCUUAAUUGUACACUCAGGACCCUCCCUGAUGGCCGUGUUGAGCGGCUUUAUAGUCUGGCUCCGGUGUGUAAGUUCCUGACUAAGAAUGGGGAUGGUGUUUCUAUUGCCCCAAUUUUGCUCAUGAAUCAAGAUAAAGUCCUCAUGGAGAGCUGGUACCACUUAACAGAUGCAGUACUUGAUGGUGGAGUCCCAUUCGACAAGGCUUAUGGAAUGACAACAUUCGAGUACCGUGGCACAGAUCCAAGAUUCAACAAGGUUUUCAACUGUGGAAUGUCCGAUCACACCACCUUGUCCAUGAAGAAAAUUCUCGAAGACUACACGGGAUUUGAAGGACUCAAUUCCAUUGUUGAUGUUGGUGGUGGAACUGGUGCUACUGUGAACAUGAUUGUCUCCAAGUAUCCCUCCAUUAAGGGCAUUAACUUUGAUUUGCCACAUGUUAUUAGAGAUGCUCCAUCUUAUCCAGGUGUGGAACAGGUUGGUGGUGACAUGUUUGUUAGUGUGCCAAAAGCAGAUGCCAUUUUCAUGAAG